UUCGCAUUUUGUUCUCGGCCGAGUUGGACGUUCGUGUUUUUGUAGCGGACGCCGGAAAUUGUUUUUGUUUUGUCAUUCUAUGCUAGUGUGCACAGGUGUUAGUGUCUGCUGGUGUUAGCCAAUGCAAGUCAGCGCCCGUGUAUUGGUGGAGCAGCCAAUGCUGCUUGCAGUUCAAAAGGGCAGACAGCAAUAGCGACAACCAAAACAAGAAGAAGCAUAAGCACAACAAUAAAUACAUACCUGCUGGCAGCAGCAACAGCAUUUAAGCCAACUCGUUCAUUUAUGCAUGUGAUUGUGUGUGAGUGAGUGCGUGUGUGUGUGCAUGUGCCUGUUCUUAUACUAAUACGCAAACAAAUCAAAUUAUAAUGGCCAGUGCUAGCAGUGAAUAUUUGCGGUGUGCUCAAUAUUCAAAUUCAAAUUCAAGCUAGAAAGUGUCGCGUGCGAAAGUGUUGAAAUAAAAGUAGCAGCCGCGCAAUUUGUAUGCUGCUGAAAACUAAAACCUGUUCUAGACGCCAAGUGCAAGUUACACACACACAUAUGCAAGCGUUCGAUACGAGAAAAGAGAGCAAAAGGCAAUAAACAAAAACCUCAACGAAAUCUAAACGAAAGAAAACUAAAGCUCAAUGUGCAAUACUUAGACUGCGACGCAAAUCCUCUGAACCAAACGAAUAAAAGAAAGAAUUAAAAACCUCAUAGCCCAUAAAAACAAAAAAAAAACUCCAAUACGAAUACAACGAUCAUGGCUAUGACUAUAACUGCUUAUGCGUCAGCAACCGCCAACAGCGACGCGCACGUCACACAACAGAAACAGCAACAACAAACAACAAAUCAGCAGAGACAGCGACUGCGACAGCGACAGAGCCGUGCGCGAACGAAAAGCGCAGCUCAAAUGACGUCGGCGUCGACGUUGACGCCACUGCUCAAGCGCGCCAUUUCAGCGCCCCAAUGGAUAUUUCUCUUCAUACUUAUUUAUUUAGCAACAGAUGUCGCCUCGGUGGAGGUGCACACGAGGGAGGCAUAUUUCAAUGGAUCCGCUUACCUGCGCCUGCUGACGCCCAUGCCCACCUGGGACCACUCGGCGAUCAGUUUCCGCUCGUGCCGUGGCGGUGAAAUACUGGCUCAGCAAUAUAACAAAAACUCAAUUGUAAUCUCAGUGCUCAACGAUGCCCUGCAAAUCUCACUCGCCGGUCCGGCCGUCAUCGGGAUCAAGAAUCGUCUCGACGUUAGAUUACCCUACCAAUUGUUGGAUAAUCGCUGGCAUACGCUGCAAUUCAAACACGAGUACGGUAAUCUCUAUCUGCAUGUGGAUCGUGAGGCAAUUAUAUUUGCCAACGCAACGUAUAACAGUCAGUUUCUGACCAAUCAGGAUAUUGGCAGCGAGGCAGCCAUAUUGAUCUUGGGCAACUCGUUUUCGGGCUGCCUUUUGGAUGGUCCUGGUCUGCAGUUUGUGCCUGGAAAUAUGACUAUACAGAAUGCAGUGUUUGGGGUCUGUCCUUUGUCAUUUGGACCGUGCAGCGAACAGGAGUUGGUUACCAGGCCGCAGGAUAACUAUUGCUUGAAUGAUCCUUGCAUGGGACACGGCACUUGCACUUCAAACGCCGAUGGCUACGAAUGCCGUUGCACAGCUCGCUACUCAGGCAAGAACUGUCAAAAGGAUAAUGGCUCGCCGUGCGCCAAGAAUCCUUGCGGCAAUGGAGGAAGCUGUCGGGAAAAUACACGCGGUGACUAUCAAUGCAUGUGCGAUGCGAAUCACAGUGGAGAGCACUGUGAGACCGAGGUGAAUGUGCAUUCACUCUGUCAAGCGAAUCCCUGCCUCAACAAUGGCGCCUGCGUUGUCCCCGCCGGCAGCUCCAGUCCCACCUGUGAGUGCAAGAAGGGCUAUACCGGCGCCCGCUGCGAGAUCGACAUGGAUGAAUGCGCCUCGCAGCCUUGCCAGAACAACGGCAGGUGCAUCGAUCGCAACAAUGGCUUCAGCUGCGAUUGCAGCGGCACCGGCUACACGGGAACCUUCUGCCAGACGAAUAUCGAUGAGUGCGAACUGAAGAAUCCAUGCCUCAAUGGUGGUCAUUGCUUUGAUACCUACGGCUCCUACAUGUGUCAAUGUCUCGAUGGCUGGCAUGGCGAGAUCUGUGAGAAGCCCAUUAGCUGCCAAACCCAACAGUGUCUCAAUGGUGGCACCUGUGUCGACAAGCCCAUCGGUUUUCAGUGCAUCUGUGCCCCGGAAUACAGUGGAGAGCUGUGCCAAAUGGGACCCAGUUGUGCCCAGCUGUGUCCCAUCGAUUCGGAGUGUAUUGACGGCGUCUGCGUGUGUAAGCCAGGCACCUCGGGCUAUAUUGGUCAUUGUCUGCCAACAACAACUACACCGACACCAGAACAACCAACAACAACAAUGCUUAUCACAACCUCGGCUAUGCCAAUCGCUACAACAACAACAACAAGAACAACAACUACAAAUCCUCCUCCAAUAACCACAACAACAACAGCAACAAACCAACGCUUGGCCUCACUGAAUGCAUGUCCCCAAGAAAAUUGCUUGAACGGUGGCACCUGCCUGGGAUAUAGUAACAAUUAUACCUGUAUAUGUGCUAGUGGAUACACAGGUUACAACUGUCAACAGAGCUCGGGCGAUGGUGGCACCACAUUGGCCCUGACCCCCAUCAACUGUAAUGCCACCAAUGGCAAGUGCUUGAAUGGAGGCACUUGCUCCAUGAAUGGCACACAUUGUUACUGCGGCGUUGGCUAUUCCGGAGAUCGUUGCGAAAAGGUUGAGAAUUGUACGCCCCUCAACUGCCAGGAGCCAAUGAUUUGUGCCCAGAAUCAGUGUAUUUGUCCGGAAAACAAGAUCUGCAAUCAGUGUGCCACACAUCCCUGCCAGAAUGGCGCUACAUGCCUCGAUCUGCCCAAUGGCGACUACGAGUGCAAGUGCCAACGCGGCUGGACGGGUAGGAAUUGUGCCAACGAUAUAGAUGAGUGUGUCCAGCAGCCCAACAUCUGUGGCAAUGGCAUCUGCAAGAACGAAAAGGGAUCCUACAAAUGCUACUGUACACCCGGCUUCACGGGCAUUCACUGUGACUCCGAUGUGGACGAGUGCCUCAGUCAUCCGUGUCUACACGGUGCCACAUGCCACAACAAGAUCAAUGCAUAUGAGUGCGAUUGCCAACCAGGCUACCAAGGUGACAACUGCGAGAUUGACAUCGAUGAGUGUAUUAGUAAUCCGUGCUCUAAUGGCUCCACCUGCAACGAUAUGAUUAACAAUUUCACGUGCACCUGCAUACCGGGCAUGACGGGCCGCAUCUGUGACAUUGACAUUGAUGAUUGCAUCUCGGCUCCCUGUCAGAACAAUGGACUCUGCAUCGAUGAGUUGGGUGGCUUCCAUUGCGACUGCAGCGGAACGGGAUACGAGGGCAAGAACUGUGAACUGAACAUUGAUGAAUGUGUGUCAAAUCCCUGUACGAACGGAGCCAAGUGCAUAGACCAAGUUAAGGACUAUUUCUGUGAGUGUCAUGGCGGCUACAAGGGCAAGAACUGCGAGCAGGAUAUCAAUGAGUGCGAGAGUAAUCCCUGUCAGUACAAUAGCACCUGCUUGGAACGCUCCAACUCCACACUAUAUCAGAUGAGUCAUGUAACGGACUUGGCGCCUGUGUUUAAUCAACCCUUUAGCUUUGAGAAUGCCAGCGGCUACGAAUGUGUUUGUGUUCUGGGAGUCAUGGGCAAGAACUGUGAGAUCAACAUCAAUGAGUGCGAGAGUAAUCCCUGCAGCAAGCAUGGCACGUGCAAUGAUGGAAUUGGCAACUACACCUGCGAGUGUGAUCCGGGCUUUGAGGGCCGCCACUGUGAGAUCAAUAUUGAUGAAUGCGAUCGAUAUAGUCCUUGCCACAAUGGCACCUGCAUCGAUCAAAUCAACGAUUAUGAUUGUGAUUGUGAUGCCAACUUUGGGGGCAAGAACUGUUCAGUCCCAUUGAUUGGCUGCGUUAGUGGACCAUGUCUAAACAAUGGCACAUGUCGUCCCUAUUUGGUGAAUGAGACCACGCAUCUGUUCAACUGCUCCUGUGAGCAUGGCUUCCAGGGUGACACUUGUGAGAAGACAACAACGUUGUCCAUGGUUGCCACCAGUUUAAUAAGUGUAAAGACCCAACGGGAGGAGGGAUACGACAUCAACUUGCAGUUCAAGACAACAUUACCAAAUGGUGUUCUUGCUUUUGGCACAUCUGGCGGACAAAAUGAACCAGUUAGCUACAUACUGGAGUUGAUAAAUGGACGUCUUAAUCUACAUUCUUCGCUGUUGAAUAAAUGGGAAGGUGUCUUCAUUGGCUCCAAGCUGAACGACAGCAAUUGGCACAAGGUGUUUGUGGCCAUUAAUACAUCACAUUUGGUACUGUCCGCCAACGAUGAGCAGGCCAUCUAUCCCGUGGGAUCUUAUGAGGCGGCUAACAACAGUCAACCCUCGUUUCCACUGACCUAUUUGGGCGGUACCAUACCAAAUCUGAAAUCAUAUUUACGCCAUUUAACUCAUCAGCCAUCGAGUUUUGUGGGCUGCAUGCAGGAUGUGGUCGUCAAUGGCAAGGUGAUCUUUCCCGACGAGCAAGAUACAGAUGGGAAUACCAAAUUGUCCAAUGUACAAAGUGGCUGUCUACGCACCGAGCAAUGCAAACCGAAUCGCUGUCAUUCGAAUGGCGAGUGCACUGAUCUUUGGCACCUCUUUGCCUGUCACUGUCCUAGACCCUUCUUUGGCCAGACCUGUGAGCACAAUAUGACGGCUGCCACAUUCGGGCAUGAGAACACCACACAUUCUGCGGUUAUUGUGGAGACAACAGAUGUGGCUAGACGUGCCAUACGCUCCAUUCUGGACAUUUCCAUGUUCAUCCGCACGCGAGAGCCGGCGGGUCAGGUCUUCUACUUGGGCAGCGAUCCUCGCAAGGCGCCGACAAAGAAUGUUGGUGACUCUUAUGUGUCAGCCAAGCUGCAUGGCGGUGAAUUGCUGGUGAAGAUGCAGUUUAAUGGCACUCCAGAAGCCUACACAGUUGGUGGACAGAAGCUGGACAAUGGGUAUAAUCAUCUCAUUGAGGUUGUGCGUAAUCAAACCUUGGUUCAGGUGAAGCUCAACGGCACCGAAUACUUCCGCAAGACGUUGUCGACGACGGGUCUAUUGGAUGCCCAGGUGCUCUACUUGGGCGGACCGGCUCCGACAAGGGAAUCUCUGUUGCCAGUCAGCACUGAGCCGGGUCUGGAUGAGAGCAGCAUGGCCGUUAGCAAUGUGGCAAUCUCAAAGGAGAUGGACGACAGCAAGGAUUACUUCAAGGGCAUCAUUCAAGAUGUUAAAGUGAGCAAUGGAUCGCUGAAUAUGAUUGUCGAAAUGUAUCCACUAAAUGUGACCGAUGUGAAUGUGAAUGCCAAACCCUUUGGAGCGGUCACUAUUGAUCGUGCCUCGGUGCUGCCUGGCGAGGUGUCCGAUGAUCUGUGUCGCAAGAAUCCGUGCAAACACAAUGCCGAGUGCCGUAACACCUGGAACGACUACAGCUGCAAGUGUCCCAAUGGAUAUAAGGGCAAGGACUGCCAAGAGAUCGAGUUCUGUCAGCUGGUUACCUGUCCCGGCAGCAGUGUCUGCCAGAAUCUGGACGAUGGCUACGAGUGCCUGACCAACAUUACGUUUACGGGCCAGGAGCAUGCACCGCUGGCAUUCUAUUACUUCAAGGAGCCGCUGGCCGAUGAGAAUGAAGUGGCUAAGCAACCGACUCUCAAGACAGUCAUUGAGAUUGCAUAUCGCACGCGAGCCGGCGGCACUUUGCUCUUCAUCGACAACAACGAUAGCUUCUUUGAGAUUGGCGUGAAUGGCGGUCGUGUCACGGUCACUUGGAAGCUCACCCAACGCCACAUUGGCGAGUCUGGUCGCUUCGAGAAGAACACCGAUGGCGAAUGGAGUCGCAUUUAUUUGCGUGCUCAUGGCGGCAAACUGGAGGGUGGCUGGAAGGGAUGGGAGUCGAUGGUGGAUCCCACGCCGGGCUUCUCAACGGAUAUUGACCAGGGUGCUUUUCAGGAGCUGCUCUCCACCAGCACCCAAGUUUACUUGGGUGGCAUGCCAGAGUCGCGUCAAUCCCGUGGCUCCACCCAAUCCUCUCAGCAAGGUUCCCAGUUCAAGGGAUGUCUGGGUGAGGCACGCGUUGGUGAUCUGCUCUUGCCCUACUUCUCCAAUGCCGAACUUUAUCCGCCCACGGAAAAUGUAUCCGUGCAGCUGCAAGCACAGUUCCGCCUGAACUCGUCCUUGCCGGAAGAGGGAUGCAUCCUGUGCUUCCAGGCGGACUGCAAGAAUGGCGGUUACUGCAAUGUGCCCACCGAGGAGUACGCUUGCACCUGCCAGGCGGGCUACGAAGGCGACGACUGUGGCAUGGAUAUUGACGAAUGCCUCAACACCCACUGCGAGAACAAUGGCAUCUGCAUCAACCAGGUGGCCAAUUUCUAUUGCGAGUGUCAGCCCGGAUUCGAGGGACGCUAUUGCGAACAGAACAUCGACGAAUGCGCUGCCCAACCCUGUCACAAUGGUGGCAACUGUACGGAUCUGAUAGCUGCCUACCAAUGUGUCUGUCCGGAUGAUUAUACAGGUCCACAAUGUGACGCUCUCAAGCAGAUGACCUGUGAGAAUGAACCAUGUCGAAAUGGAUCCAACUGCGAGAAUGGAUUUAAUGCUCAAACCGGCAAUAACUUUACCUGCACUUGCUCCAUGGGCUUCGAGGGUCCGUUGUGUGACACGCCCUUCUGCGAGCUGACGCCCUGCGCCAAUGGAGGCCUUUGUCUGUCCACCAACAUGAUACCCAAUUGCAAGUGCAGUCUAGGGUACAUGGGUCGUCUAUGUGAGCAGGAGAUAGAUGAGUGUGCAUCCAAUCCUUGCCUUAAUGGCGGUCAGUGUAAUGAUCUUAUCGGUGACUAUCAAUGCAACUGUCUUUCAACUGGCUUCGAGGGCGUUCACUGCGAGACCGACAUCGAUGAGUGCAGCCAGGGUGUCGAAUAUUGCGGCGGACUUGGACGCUGCAUCAAUAUGCCAGGCAGUUUCAAAUGCAUUUGUCAAGCGCCCUAUUGUGGUGCUUUCUGCAACUUCACCGAUCCCUGCAAUUCACCAAACAUGUGUGCCAAUGGUGGCAAGUGCGUGGAAAACUGCGGCGAGGAGGCUGAUUACUAUUGCAACUGUACCGAGGGUUUCACCGGCAAGAACUGUACAGCUCCGAUCACGGCCAAAGAUGAUGGUCCCUCCACAACGGACAUUGCCAUCAUUGUCAUACCUGUUGUUGUUGUCCUGCUGCUGAUUGCCGGCGCCUUGCUGGGCACAUUUUUGAUCAUGGCACGGAAUAAGCGUGCCACACGCGGCACCUACAGUCCAAGUGCGCAGGAGUAUUGCAAUCCAAGGCUAGAAAUGGAUAAUGUGCUGAAGCCACCGCCGGAGGAACGACUUAUUUAGUUAAUGCUCCCCUUAAUAUAUUAACAAAAGAUAUUUUAGAAUCCGCCCAUAUAAAUAGUUUUAGUUACUGCGUAUGGCGUAUUACUUUGUUAGGUGCUCCAAGGCUUCCACAGAGUAACUCUGCAUCAAUGUUGAUGUACGUACGCUUUAGUUAGUUAAUAAUGCCGUUGUCUAUUUAUUGUAGUAAGUAGUUUCUAUGGCAAUCAUUUAAUAGUCGUUAUGUAGUUACAGUUUAGAUUCAGUAUUCGAUUUCAUUCAAAACAGAAUAAGCGAGUAUAUCGAAAAAGCUGCGAACAAAGUUGUGCUGCACACCGAAUCACACAACAAUGGAAAGAGAAGUGAAGUAAAAGCAAAAGUAAUAAC